CAUGGCCAACAAAUAUGAAGUUAUAGUUGUUGUUGUGCCCUUUCCAGCACAAGGUCACCUCAAUCAAUUACUUCAUCUCUCUCGUCUCAUUUGUUCUUAUAAAAUUCCAGUACACUAUGUUAGUACCAAAAAUCAUACUCUCCAGGCCAAAAUUAGAGCCCAAGGUUUAAGCCCUAUAGCUAUGAACAACAUUCAUUUCCAUGAAUUUUCAAUAUCUUCAUUUCAGUCACCACCUCCAAACCCUAAUUCCACCAUUAAAUUCCCUUCACACCUUCAACCUUCAUUCGAAUCAUCGUCGUCUCAUCUUCGAGAGCCUGUGGCUUCACUUCUACGAUUUUUAUCAUCAAAUGCACGUCGAAUUGUUGUUAUUCAUGACUCUCUAAUGGCUUAUGUUGUUCAAGAUUUCACUUCACUACCAAAUGCUGAGUCUUACAACUUUCAUAGUGUGUCAGCUUUUACUAUUUUCUUGUUCCUAUGGGAAUCUAUGGGAAAGCCUUUCCCUAUUGAAGCUCAAAUACUAGAAAACCUACCAUCUCUUACAGGUUGUUUUACGUCAGAGUUCAUGGAUUUCAUGGCUGCACAAAGGAAAUACUCAAAUUCUGACUCUGGAAAUAUUUACAACACAACCAGAGUCAUAGAAGGAAAAUUCAUGAAUUUACUAGAAAAAGAACCAAUCAAAAGAAACAAAAUGCACUGGGCUAUAGGUCCAUUCAAUCCAGUGAUGACUACUACUUCCAGCAACAAUUCAUCAAUCGGGCAACGUCACAAAUGUUUGACAUGGCUUGAUAAACAAUCUCCAAAAUCUGUCAUCUUUAUUUCAUUUGGAACAACAACAUCAUUAACUGAUGAACAAAUCAAAGAGCUCUGUAUAGGAUUAGAAAGAAGUGACACAAAGUUCAUUUGGGCAUUGAGAGAUGCCGAUAAAGGAGAUAUUUUUUCAGGAGAAGUGAGAAAAUUUGAACUUCCAAACGGGUAUGAAGAAAGAAUUAAGAAUAAAGGAAUAAUAGUAAGAGAUUGGGCACCGCAAUUGGAGAUAUUAAGACAUUUUUCGAUUGGUGGAUUUAUGAGUCAUUGUGGAUGGAAUUCGUGCAUGGAGAGUUUUUCAAUGGGAGUUCCUAUUAUUGCAUGGCCCAUGCAUUCUGAUCAGCCAAGAAAUAGCAUUUUAGUAACGAAAUUUCUGAAAGUUGGAAUUCUUGUGAACAACUGGGAACGUAGAAAUGAGGUUGUAACAUCAAAUACUGUUGAAAGAGCUGUGAAAACACUGGUGUCGAGCAAUGAAGGAAACGAGAUUCGUAAAAGAGCGGCGGAUUUAGGAGUGACUAUUCGGAAGUCGGUGGUGGAAGGCGGCGUGACAAGGAAGGAAUUGGACUCUUUCAUUGGUCACAUCACUAGAUAAAUAUAAUUACUGUUAAGUUAUGUUCCUUUUACUUCCGUUUAUGCCACCGCGCGAGUUAUUUCAUACGGUAUGUUUU